UGACACGUCACACACACACACACACACACGCAACACAACAACGCAGAGAGAGAGAGAGACAAAGGUCACGUUGGAUAUGUAGCAGAACUGCUUCACCUUCUUCUCUUCUCUCCGCCUCCACCACCACUCCCUCACUCUCCACUCCCUCAAUUCACAAUCCUCACGUUGCCUCGUUCACAUGAAACUCCUCUCGCCCUCCGUGUUCUCGCUCUCUCUCUGAAUCACUCAUCCUUAUAAUAAAUAAAUAAUUUCUCGAAGAAGGAGAAAGAGGUUUUCAUUGUUGUGGUUGUUGUAGAAGAAGAAGAAGCUGAAGAAGAAUGGAGUCCACAGAAUCUUCAUACGUGUCUUCUCCCGAGGGACCGAGGAAGCACGCUGCAUCGCCUCCUCCGAAAUCGCCUUCGCUAGAUUCUGAGGAGAAGCCAACAUACAUUAGGUUUCUAGUAUCAAACUCUGCGGCUGGUUCAGUUAUUGGAAAGGGCGGUUCAACUAUCACUGAUUUUCAGUCACAAUCUGGAGCACGAAUCCAGUUGUCACGUAAUCAUGAAUUCUUUCCUGGAACUACUGAUAGGAUUAUCAUGGUAUCUGGCGCAAUAAAUGAAAUACAGAGGGCUGUAGAACUUAUCCUUUCUAAGUUGCUCAGUGAGCUUCAUAGUGAGGAUGACAAUGAUGCUGAGCCAAAGACAAAAGUGAGACUCGUUGUUCCUAAUGGUUCAUGUGGUGGAAUAAUUGGCAAGGGAGGUGCUACCAUUAGGUCAUUCAUUGAAGACUCUCAGGCUGGCAUAAAGAUAUCUCCUCAAGAUAAUAAUUACUAUGGACAGAAUGAUAGGCUAGUGACGCUGACAGGAUCUUUUGAUGAACAGAUGCGUGCAAUUGAAUUAAUUGUUUCAAAGUUAUCUGAAGAUCCUCAUUAUGCACAGUCCAUGAAUUCUCCAUUUUCAUAUCCUGGUGUUUACUUCUCAGGUUAUCAGGGUGUUCCAUACACAUAUGUGCUUCCGUCUGUUGCACCACCGGCAUACAAUGCAGUGAAUUACAGACCAAAUGGUGCUGCUGGAGGAAAGCUCCAGAACAGCAAGGAGGAGCGGAGUAACUCAUUGACCAUGGGUGUUGCAGAUGAGCAUAUAGGAUUGGUUGUUGGUCGUGGUGGAAGGAAUAUUAUGGAAAUUAGUCAGGCUAGUGGGGCAAGGAUAAAGAUAUCAGAUAGAGGUGAUUACGUAUCUGGAACAACCGAUAGGAAAGUUACCAUAACAGGAUCCCAGAGAGCAAUACGUACAGCUGAAUCUAUGAUAUUGCAGAAGGUUGCUUAUGCUACCGAGAGGGGGGUGAUGGAGUAGUUUGCUACUGCACUUGUCUGCUGUUAGAUGCUUAAUGAAUCUGCUUGCUAAUUGCUUAUACAUUUGCUGAAUUUUGGGAUUUGUUUGCAUAAAUUAUCAUCACUUAUUAUACCUUUGAAGAUUUUUAUUGUAGCGGGAGAGGGCAGGAAUUUUUUUUUUCUUGAAUUGAGAGCGGUCUUCUAGAAUUUCUUCUCAAACCCCGUCAUCAGACAAGUUCGAUUGGAAAGUGCAUUUGCACAUUUCCAAAAUGUAGUAUUUAGAACUAAAUUCUUUUUUUUGUAAUUCAACAGGUGCUAAUGUCAUAUAUGAUCUGUGUAUCCUCAAUCACUAGCCUGAGAUAGGAUAUGAAAAUUGUUUUGUGAUAGCAACUGAGAAUCAAGAAUUCACUUGUGAGUUGUCAGAACCUCAGGCCCGUGUUGUGUUUCUAGUUUUUCAUAGAUUAAUAUGAUGACGACUUAUAGGCCA